AUGAUUUAAACUUCCGACCGCACAGAUUUGUGUACAAAAAGUGAACAGACUUGCAUGAUUGUGAGCAUAAACACGUAUCUUUUUUUCAAAUAAGAAGUCUAACAGUCGAGUCAAUAAGAAUUCGGACAAUUUGUUUAUAACAAUAUUUAUAUAUCCAUAUACAGUUUAUGUGUGUGUGAAGGCCAGUGACGACUGGUUUUAAAUGGGUAGUUUUCAUUCUUUGUUUGAAAGCACAACUAAUUCAGAAAGAUCUGCUAAAGUUGUAUCAGAUUUUAAAGAGGUUUUUGAACUUUUUGACAAAGAUGGUGAUGGCACCAUAACAAUCAAAGAACUAGACACUGUAAUGAGAUCACUGGGACAAAAUCCAACUGAAAAUGAAGUCAAAGAAAUGGUACAGAAAGUUGACAAAGAUGGUAACGGAACAAUAGAAUUCCCUGAAUUUCUCCAAAUGGCAACAGAUAUGAUGAAGUCAGUAGACUUAGCAGAUGAGGUGCGCGAUGCCUUCAGACUGUUUGAUAAAAACGGAGACGGUUAUGUAACUGCACCAGAACUUAAAACAAUCCUGUCCAACAAUGGAGAGAAGAUUUCUGAUGAAGAAUUAGAUGCUAUGGUUAAAGAUGCUGAUGUGGAUGGUGAUGGGAAAAUCAACUAUGAAGAAUUUGUGUCUAUGCUGGAAGGAAAUUGAUUUCAAUAUGUGCAAAUAAUCAGGGAAGGACCUAAAGCUUAUUAAUUGCUGAACAUUUUAAUAUCUCUGUAAAUAUGUAUUUUUUUAUAUAUUUAUUUCAUACUGACAUGUGCAUUCUCAUUAAAAUAGUAAAAUUACAGAUUAUAAA